AUGUUGCUUUGCUUUCCUGUUUUUCAUUCCAGGAAACCAGGGAGCAGGAGCAGUACCAGACUCCCACUUGUGUCUUGCACCAUGUCUACAUGAUUUACAUUUCCUGUCUUUCUAGUGGAAGCCUUGAAAACCCCCCAGUUGCUGGUUUUGGUCCAGUUAAACCGACAUCAUGGUGUCAGAGAAGGACUUUCUUGUGGCUGCUGCUGUUUUCGCCCUCAUUUCACACAGUGAGGGUAUCAUCGGUGGCAGGGAGGCAGCGCCACACUCUCGGCCCUACAUGGCCUCCAUCCAGGUGCAAGAAGGAGAGACUCUGAAACACGAGUGUGGAGGGUUCGUGAUCGCGGAUCAGUGGGUGAUGACUGCAGUCCACUGCAUGCCAUCAGGGCCAAAUGGAAGGAAAGUAGUGCUCGGGGUCCAUUCUCUGAGUGAACCUGAAGAGACCAAGCAGACAUUUGAUAUUUUGGAACUUUACAAUCAUCCAAGCUUCAGCGCGUCCAAUUACGAUAAUGACAUUGCUUUGAUCAAGCUGGAUCGUCCAUUCAUCGCCUCUGACGCCGUGAGAGCCGUGGAAUUCCUGCGAGCGGGCGGCACAAACCCCAGCACAGAUGCAGCGGUGGAGACAGCCGGGUGGGGAUCCCUGGACAACCUGGGGUCCAGACCAGACAAGCUGUGGGAGGUGGUCAUCGAGGUGGUGGACUCCAACCGGUGCAAACGCAGCGACUACUUUGGCAGAAAGUUCACCAAUAACAUGAUGUGUGCCCAUAAAGUAUGCCCAGAUCCCUGUAAUCAUCCACAUAAGAAAGAAGACACCUGUGAUGGGGACUCUGGAGGUCCUCUGCUCUACAACGGCAUCGCGGUGGGCAUCACUUCCAACGGAGGAAAGAAGUGUGGCCAGAUUAAAAAGCCCGGAAUUUACACCAUCAUCUCCCACUACACCGAGUGGAUCGACAACACCAUGGCCCCGCCGCCCACCGCAACACCAGACCAGACCGCUUGAA